AUGGCGAAUGCGAGCAGUGAAAAUGGGGAAGAGCUAUUGGUUUACGAUGGGAACUCUGACUCCGAGGAAUCGGAGUAUUCGGAAAACGAAGAUAUGCAAGAUGGCGAUAAGGAAUCGCCUUUAGUUACACCGAAUAGUAAUACCGAUUCGGGAUAUCCACUGGAAUCCUCUCUGCAAGAUCCGAAAUCAUCUGGAAAAAAUGGUCAGAAUAAGAGUAAUAGUAGUAGCAGUAUUGGGGCAGUACAUCCGAAUUACGGUUUUGGCAAACGUUGGUCCAAAUCCGAAGAUGUAUUGCUAAAAAAAUUGGUAGAAAAACAUGGUGAGAACUGGGAGAUCAUUGGACCGCACUUCAAGGAUCGAAUGGAACAACAGGUUCAGCAGCGGUGGGCCAAGGUACUCAAUCCCGAGCUUAUUAAGGGUCCAUGGACUAGGGACGAGGAUGACAAGGUCAUUAAUCUGGUGCAAAGUUUUGGACCGAAGAAAUGGACACUUAUAGCUCGAUACCUUAACGGACGCAUUGGAAAACAGUGCCGCGAAAGAUGGCACAAUCACCUCAAUCCGAAUAUUAAGAAAACAGCUUGGACCGAGGAGGAGGACAAGAUAAUCUACGAGGCACACAUUCAAUUGGGAAAUCAAUGGGCAAAGAUUGCCAAACGUUUGCCCGGUCGCACUGAUAACGCUAUCAAAAACCAUUGGAACUCAACAAUGCGUCGUAAAUAUGAUGCCGAACGCAGGUCGGUUAAUGCAUCUGGUGGCGAUUUGAAGAGUUCGCGAACCCAUCUUAUAACGCUAAUCAAAUCCGGUGGCAUUAGCAAGGGGCAGUAUAACGUGCAACAAAAGCAAGUUUCCGCAGAAACUAUCGAAUGUAAGCCAAUUAUCAAAUCCGAAUAUAUUGAUGAUACGUCAGGCGGACUAUCCGGGUCACAAGAUUCUUCUGGAGACGUAAAUCAAAUCAGACCUCUAGCUACACUUAAUAUCCCCAAUCAUCUGAAAAUUGCACUACCGCGCCAAACACCAAACAUAUUAAAGCGUCCGCGCAAACACAUUCCCGAAACUCACCAUCAGGCUGGUCCAUCAAAUGGCGUUUUCAACCAGGAAGAAGCCGCCAAACCCCGUCAACCGGGCUCGCCUGUUAUUACGCCUAUUAAAUCUCUACCCUUCUCGCCGAGCCAUUUUCUUAAGUCACCAUGCCUGACUACCUUUGAAGAUAUGAAUUUAAGAGCAAGCACACCAGUAACUAAGGUUUACAAUCGCGUUGGUAUGGAGAUCAAGAAGGAAAUGGAUAAUUCAUCCAUAGAAACUCCACAUAAAAGUCAACUUGGUCCACGUACACCAACGCCCUUCAAAAAGGCAUUAGCUGCUAUUGGAAAGAAAAGGGAUGGCCGACGAUAUGAACCAUCUAGCCCGUCCAGUUUAGUGGAAGAUCUUGCUGAAAUCAUCCAUGAGGAACAUCUUAGCAAUUCACUAACUGCAAACAAUUCCAAAAUGAUGGGUGCUGGCGAUCAAAAUACUUCAAUCAGCACUGAAAAUAAUAUUCAGUCGCCGCAUUUAAAACGUGCCAGAAAAUCACUACUUUCAACUUGGAGCUCCAAUCAUCUUUCGAAUGGUAGCUCCGCUAAAAAGAUGCAGCCUUUCGAAACUGAGACACCCAGCAAGUUUCUCACAUCGCCAUGUAACAUUUUGAAGGACACGCUAUGCAGUGAACAGGAUCUACCAUUCGACGAAGGGCGAAAGGAAAAUCGACCAUUCCAUAAUCGCAGAAGCUACAAGUACCGUGGUGGUUUGUCCAAUGAUCAUGUUAUUGAUCCGAAAUGGGCACGAGUGGCUUGUGGGAAGACCAAAGAUCAAUUAUUUAUGGAGGAGCAAGCAUAUGAGUGUCUUAAAAAUUUUUCCUGUAUUCCACGUUCCCUAAACUUUGAAAAGCAAAAAUGUUUGGUAAACUCAUUUGACCGUUUUGGCUCGCUAUAAUUUUCAUGUUGCUAUAUGUAUUAAAAAAAUCAAUUGAAUAUAAUUUUUAUGAUAGUGUAGAUAUGGCUCCUUCAAUUUGAACCCGAUUAUAAUUAUUAUGAGCAACGCAUUUCAAAAUAUGAGUUAAAUUUCUACAUUUAUUGCACCAUUGGUAACAUACACUUUCAACUGUAUCCCAUUUUUUUCGUAUAUUUAAUAAAUAAAUAUGCCUAAAGUAA